CUUUUAUGUUAUUAUAUUUUUUGUCUUCAACAGGAAACAAUUGCAACAUGUUGCGCGGGGUAUAAUAUUAUUGUUCACCUAACAGUUGUUCGUAACACGUAAAACUAUUAGAGAUAGAUACGGAGUUAUAUAUAAACAUAACCAAUAUAGUAUGCGUUCACUCGGCACAUGUUUUUAAGUGAAGUAAAAACGUAAUGCAUUUCUACUAUAUAUUUUUAGGUUCAGAAUGCAAAAAUAAAACUGAAUAUUCCUAUUUUCAUUUUUGUGAUAACGAGAUUUUAGUGUAACACCAAGUAAAUACAGGCACCAUAAAUUCGGGUUCAACUUUAAAAUUUAUUACAAAAGCAUUAACAAUUAUUUUGUUGUGUAGCUCCGUUGUUUUAAAAUCUAACUCAAUCGAUUUGGCAUUGAUCUUACCAACUUAUCUGUGUCCUCAACUGUAAUCCGGGGCCAUUCCGAGGGCUUAACACUUCAAAUCAUCUUUAUUUGUUAUUUCUGACAAAUUCUUUUUUCUAACAGAUACCAAAAAUAUCAGGUGAUUGGAGGGCAAAUUUAAUUGUCUUGGAUAUGUUGGUGCCCGACUAUGAUGAGGAUUGAAUAGCAAUGACCCGCUUAAAGAACAACAAAGCGGCAGGAACCUAUGGAUUACCGGCCGAGCUAUUCAAAUACGGCGGCGAAAAACUGACAAGGUGAAGAAACUUAUGCUUCGCAAGUUAUGGUCGGAUGCAAGCCCGCCGAUUAGAACCUAAGUAUGCUCGCACAAAAAUGGGGACGCCAAAAUCUGCGCAAAUUACGGUGGGAUAAGCCUCCGUAGGGUGUAAAAGACUGAAAUCCACCGUCAACAAAUUGAUUGGACUGUGGUGGCUUUAGACCCGGAAAAUCUACAAUCGACCAGAUUUGUCACCAUGCAACAAAUCUUGUAAAACACUCGUGAAAUGAAGAUCGACACACACCACCUCUUCGUCGAUUUUAAAGCCGCCUUCGAAAGUACGAAAAGGAACUGCCUCCAUAUCUCCUGUCAUCAAACAAACAGUUAUGGCAUUCGCGACUUGGCUCAGGCGUCACUGUUGGAAGUUACAACUUUGAAGUCGUAUAUAACUUCGUCUACCUUGGAAAAAGUUUCAACACCAACAACUUUAUCAGCCUUGAAAUCCAACGCAGAAUCACUUUUGCCAACAGCUGCUACUUGGACUGAGUAGGCAAUUAAAAAAUAAAGUCCUCUCUCGACGAACAAGGGCGACGGCGAAUAGCGCAGACGAUGGAACGCUGAUCUGUACGAGAUAUAUGGCGACAUAGACAUAGUUCAGCAAAUCAAGAGACAGCGGCUGCGCUGGUUAGGCUAGAAUACUCCAAAUGUGAAAGUUUUCGAUUCAGUACCCGCCGGUUGAAGCAAUGGAAGAAGAAGACGCUCCGUUAGAAAGAUCAGGUGGAGAUGGACCUGCCUACACUUGGUCUUUCGAAUUGGCGCUAAAUAGCGAAAAGAAGAAAUGACUGUGGCGCUGUUGUUAUUUCGGCUAUAAUUUGUUUUUUUAAGGUUAUAUUUACGUAAUCAAUAAUCUUUGUUUCCAGGGUUAACUUUCACUACAUCUAUAUAAAUAAAAAUGAAUCGCCAAAAUGUAUGUACGCUCAUAACUCAAUAACGCCUGGACCAAUUUGGCCAUUUCUUUUUCUUAAAUGUUCGUUGAAGUUCAAAGAUGGUUUUUACGGCGAGAAAAAUCGAAUAAUUUCCGGAAAACCCCUAAAAACAGCCUUUUUCUUUUCCCCAUACAAACGUUACGUACAUACAUACAUACAUAAGUAUGUACAUAUGUAUAUAAAAAUGAAUGUUUGUUUGUUAGUAACACUAAGAGAACGGUUGAUGAAAUUUUUAAAGGUUAUUUGUUGUGGAUCGGGAAAGGUUUAGAAACAAAUACUUUAUACUUUCCAUGAGGAGAAGUCGGAAAAUUUGACAAUUCCAAAAAUUAACAUUUUUCAUACACAUUCCAGAUUCAGAGAUAUGUAGAUCCAAAAUUAUACGAAGUGGUGAAAACCAAUACGGUUCAUGGACUUUGGGAACCUUACAAUCCCACUUUAGUUUGUAUGUCUGACAAUAAAUGCACGAAACACUACUCAUGUGCUUUUCUUUCGGAAACGGAAAUGGGAAAUGAUGGAUAUUCACUGUAUCGGCGUCGCUCACCAGACGAUAAUGGCAGAACAUUUAGCAUUUAGAGUCGUGAAUAUCGACGUUAACAACACAUCGAAGUUGAAAACAUAUGGAUCGUACCAUAUUCGCCACUUUUGUCUAAUUAACAUUCAAAACUCAUGUCAAUGUUGAAUAUUGUAGAUUGGUGAAAUCGAUCAAAUACGUUUGCAAGCACGUCACCAAAGAAAGCAACAUAGCGGUUAUUGGCAUUGAACAAUAUGAAAUCAGCAGUAUCAAAUGGGUUGAUAUGUGAACCGCAAUAAAGCGCUUUGUAGGAUGUUUACUUUUGCAAUUCAUGAAAGUUUUCCGACUGUUGUGCGUCUCGCGGUUCAACUUUAUUUAAGUCAUUGCGUAUUGAGAAUGGUACAGUGUGUGCAACUUUUUGAGAAGCAUGCCAGCAGUUGCGUUUGCUGGAACAUGCUAAUCACUGGAAACAGACGAAGGACAAUGCAAUAAUUACUUCGCAUGCCACUGAAGUUCGCAUAGUUUUCGCGAAGAUCAUUUCGACAUAUCAGCCUUCAAAUUCGCGUUAAUUAUGGGAUACGAAAAAAUGACAUUGCCGAUAACAUUUUACAUUGUAUUCGCUAAGAAUUGGAAAUGGGCAAAUUUCGGUUGAUACUUCCAGUGGUUUGAUAUCAAUUUCACAUCCCUUUUGUCAAUUCACUUCAACGGAAGAUGAACUCGUCACGAAUGUUUAUCCGCACAUUGGCAAAAUUAUCGUAACUGCAAUUGCUUGAGUGCACGCGCAAUUUUAGUUGCCGAAAAUACCGAUGUUAAUGACUUAAACUGGAAGAUUCAAAGUCAGAUUUCGGGAGGUUUGCGCUCAUAUAAAUCGUUCGAUCGUCUUGACAAGAAAGACGAAACCGUAAAUUAUCCAGUGGAAUUUGCAAAUUCUUUGGAGAGCCUUGGUGGCAUACCAUCAUUGCAUCAUUUGCGUCUCAAAGUUGGAUCUGUUAUUAUUAUGUUUCACAAUCUUCAUGCGCCGAAACUGUGUAAUAGAACCCUACUGAUAAUGACGCAGUUAUCGAAUACAAGGGACAGCCAUUUCAUUUCAAACGUAUUCAAUUUACAGGGAAAAUUGGCCGGAUGUAUGUGGCGUGUUGACGAGUUGGAAACCCAUCUUCUUUGUAUGUUUACGCACCAGAACAGAAAUCAAAAAAAAAUAUGUUUAUUAAGCUGCGCUACACUAAAAAAAUGUAGAAAAAUCGAAAAUAAAUCAUUUUCGACACAAUAUAAUUUCAACUUUUUUUUCAUUUCAAAGCCUAUAAUUUCACGCAGGACAACGACUGCGGGGUCAGCUAGUUUAUUAUAAAAUUACGUAAUUCACGGGCUGAUAAUGUUUUUUGACGACCAGUUCCGUUUUUUUUUUGAAAUUUCUUACCAUACGCUGGUUCUAAUACGUUUUUUCAAUAGUUUGUUUUUCUGAAACCUUUGUCAUCUUUCCACAAUUUAAUCGUUAUUUUUUUCCCAACGAGCUUAUUUCGUUUUCUUUGGGUUUAUUUUUUUUAAUAUUAUUAACACACGUCAUGAGCUCUUUAGUUAUAUUAAAACACAAUAGAAUGUACACAAAAGAAUACAAAUUCAUGAAAAGUAAGGGUAUUUUCAAUUCGAGCAAAUUGAACGCAGACUUUGGGGUGCAUAUGUUUACUUUUUCUUACACUAAAAUCUCGUUGUCACAAAAAUGAAAAUAGGAAUAUACAUUUUUGUUUUUGCAUUUUGAACUUAGGAAUUUAAGGAGGAAAUACACCCGAAAAAUUUGUACUGUAUUAUCUAUUUUUAUUAUGUUUUCAUUUCACUUAAAUAAGUCAGGUAAAACCAGGCUUUAUUGGCUAUGUCUACAUAUAUAUAUAAAUGAUUUGAGAUCUUGAUGUCUGUACAUUCGCCCGUCUGUCCAUGGAAGCGAUAACUUUAAUAAAAACAGGUACUUUUAUGAAAUACAUACGUAUGAUGAUGUAGGCAUUAUUAUUAAACCAAACUAAACAGCCGCUCAGAUCUUAUGAGUUGUGCCGGUUUCAACGUAAUACGUAAAAAUCGCGAGCAAGAUAAUGGUGGUGGCCUAGCCUUCAUAUUGCACAACACCGUGCAGUAGCGUCUAAUCGAUGAAGACAUCGACCGCAGGGAUACUACCCUAGAAUGUCAGGGUAUAGCUAUCCGAUCAGGCGAUGUCGAGCUCGAAAUAUUUAAUAUAUACAUCCCCCCAUUUACAUGUUGCCCUACAGGAUAUCACCCGAAUAUAAGCGCGCUACUUAGUGGUGAAAAAUGUCUGGUACUAGGCGACUUUAACGCGCACCACGAUCUUUGGCAUUCCAGCCUGCCAAACGAUCAUAGGGGGAUGGAGCUGGCGGAACAGAUUGAUGAUCCGACAUUCUGCACAAUGAAUGUCGAAGCCCCCACCAGAGUUAUGGGCACCUGUAAUAGUUCGCCCGGUAUUACCAUUGCUAGUGGUGGUCUGAUAAAUAGCAUAACCUGGCGACCUAUGCUAACUCUCGCAUCAGACCAUCUGCCCAUAAUUAUCUCGAUCAAGAAACCUCCCAAUUUUGUUUCUGUGAACAACCGUCCCUUCCUUAACUUUAACAAAGCUAACUGGGUCGGCUUCACAGAAUUUAUUGAGACCACCUUCAACGCUCUACACUUUCCUACGGACGUAUGCGAUGGCGAACGUCGAUUCCGCAAGGUGAUCACAGCAGCUACUGCUCGCUUCAUCCCGCCCAAUUUCCCAGCCGAAGCAGUCGUUUUAGCUAAUGAGCGCGACACCUUACGCCAUGCCGAUCCCGGGGAUCCCCGAAUAAGGGAUCUCAAUUUUUAGAUUCGCCGAAUGGUAAACCAUCAUAAGCGGACGAAAUGGAUAGAGCACCUGAAGUCCUUGGCCCUGAAUCAACAUGCUUAUACUAAAGCAUCUAGGCUCGACGAGAGUAAGCUAUCUCACCAAGGUCCUCAACCUGUCGCUGACCACUCUUCAAAUACCCGAUGUGUGGAAAGUCGGAAGAGUUUUCCCACUACUGAAACCUGGGAACAAAGGGGAGACCUAUCGUCCGAUAACUCUCCUCUCCCCAGUAGUGAAGACACUUGAGGUCUUGCUACUCCCGACUUUUACUCACCACCUGAGCUUAGAGUCAUAAACGCUCAGAUAGUUCGUGGGCUCAAUCAGAAACCACCCUGUGAGAGAACGAUCCUCGUAGCUUUGGACUUGUCAAAAGCUUUUGACACAGUCAACCACACAACGCUACUGCAGUACAUUGAGAAAACCACACUUCCUCCAGGGCGGAAGAGGUGGACCAUGAACUACCUGAGCGGUCGUCAAUCAUCCGUUGCGAGGUGAAACAUAUAAACUGAGAAGAAUUAAACAGGAGGUUCCGUAGGGUAGUGUCCUCUCCCCAUUACUGUUUAACUUUUACAUCUCGAAACUCCCACAGCCACCAGAGGGGGGAGGAGCAUCAAAAGGGCUUUCCUUGACUACGUCGACGACAUCGUACAGUACGCCGACCGGACUUCGGACGCAACAGACUUCCGACAGGUACUGACCGCCAUUCACAGUGGAGCCAUCAACACCUUCACCGACUCCCUUCUCGUCAAUGGCAUUCUUAGUCAAACCACUACCCGUCGCAGACGAAGGGCUCGAGUUGCCGCGAGAAACGCGAGUGACUGGGUUGAACCGGAUCAAAACUUCCAUUAGUCCCCAUAUACCUAAUACAAAGAUUUAUAAACUUCCGGGUAACUUCGUACCGCAUAUAUCGGCCAAUAUGUGAGUUAUCUUAAUUAAAUUGAGAGAACGUGUUUCUCAUAUAACGGUGAAAACUCGCCCUAGACACCAUACUAACAUGCCAUAUGUAGCUGAAGAUACUUCCGUGGCUUUCAUUCUUGCAAGUUCCAAGAGUAUAAAAUGUUCAUUUAUGUCCGAACUUAGGUCCUCUUUACUUGUGAUGAAAUAAAAAUGUUUGUGAUGAUUUUGAUAACUUAAAAAUAUAACUUAAUCUGUAGAAUUGCAAAGCAACAAACUAUGUUUUUAUUGAUUUGCAAACAUAAAAUUAUAAUAAAAAAGGCCUUUUAAAAAAGUACAUUUUCACAGUUCUGAAAUAUUAGUGCUCAAUUUAAAUAUGCAUGUAUCAUUUUUAUGUUUUUACGAUGUGAGAAGUUUCUUUAAGCAAAUUUUUUAAAACACUUUU